AUGGGAGCUGCGAAGGGAGUCCGGCAUUGGUGCGCCGUCCCCUUCGCCUCGCACGCGCUGUUCCGCGGGGCACUGCGCGGACGCAACGUCCGCGCGCUGCUUAUCGGGCUUGCGCUGGUGGGGGUGGUGGCGAUCGUGCCGUGGCGCGCGCUACUACGACCGCCCACUGUCAUCUCCGGCUUGUCCGCGUCCUCGACUUCCCGCCCCACGGCGGCGGAUCUCCACUCGUCCCUGCUCUCUGGCCAUGCUUCGAGUCCCGCCGUGUUGCUGCAACUGCAGCAUCAAUCCUCCGCAUUCUUCCCCCAAUUGCCUCUCUUUUCUUCUGUACGGGGCCCGGACGCGGCGAAUCUGGGGAGCACGCGGGAGGUGCAGAGGGACCUGUGGGCGCACCAGUUCCCCGCCGGGCCGUGUCACGGCCGCCGCCUGCUGCUCGUGCACUGGCCGCACCCGCACCCCCCACCCAAUGAUACUCACAGCAGUGGUGAUAGCAGCGAUGGUGGGAGGAGUGGGUUUGGUGCGUGGGAGGUGGUGGAGAUGCUGGCGGGCAUGGCAGGCGCGCUGAGUGUGGCGCCCUCCCCCCAACGCCCUCUCCCAACGCCCUCCCCCCAACGCCCUCUCCCAACGCCCUCCCCCCAACGCCCUCUCCCAACGCCCUCCCUCCGCGCCCGCCCCUUCAUGCCCUCCCCCCCUCACACGCGCCCCGGCAUGCCGUGCUCCCCUUCCACAGCGGUGAACGAGUCGGGGUCGCUGCACUGCUACUUCUUCCGCUCCGUGUCGCCUGCAUGCGAGGCAGCAGCCAUGCACCAGUACCGCGCUGCCGGCUCGCCCCCCUGCCUCCCGCUCUCCCACCUCGCCAAUGCCGUUGCCUCCAACGACUCUCUCGUCUGUGCCCUCGCCACCCUCCAUCCCUCCUCUCGCUCACACUCCGCUGCUGCCAGGGCAUGGGGCGAUGCAUACAAGCAGCGGCCUUACCUGGUGGAGGAGCGGGGCGUCAUGGUCAACGCCUCAGAAGACCACAUGCAGGCCUACUGGUGGCAGGCACAGGCGCUACGCUUCCUGCUGCGGUGGCCCUCCUUGCACCUAUGCCACGCCACCAACCGCAUGCGCCACUCGGCGUACGGGCUGCGAACCGCCGUGCUGUCGGCAGCGCAGGUGGCGGAGCAGCGGGCCAUCCUGGCCGCACUGUGGUCGCCUUACUCCGACGCGCACCAGCACCUGGGCAUCAACACGCGCUCCGAGGCCUCCCUGCUGGCUGCUAUUGACUUCUCCAAACCGCACAACUUGGAAACGGACGUGUGGCCGGCGCUGGGGUUCGUGGGGUGUGCUGAUAGUGUACGCGUGGAGCUAGGCGCGGGUGGUGUGAGAGGAGAGAGUGAGGGGGGUGAGGAGACAGCGGCGAGGGAAGCACGUGGAGGUGGAGCGGUGGAUGCGAGAGGCGAUGCAGGAGGCGAGUCUGGUGGGGAGGGGGAGGAGGAUGCCCGCGAGGAGAAGCCGCAGGCACGGGUGACGUACGAGAGGGUGGGCAGGGAGGUGGGCAUGCCGCGGCCGGUUGUGAGCGUGCAUGUGGAGCAGCAUGCAGGCGCCGGGGCGCAGGCGCUGCUGCCGCUGGCGUACCGCCUGCGCCGCCUGGACCCCGCCCUGCAAUUCGCGUGGCUCUCUGCAGAAGAGCCGGGAACUCUGUCGCGUGUGCAGCACUUGAGCACUUCCGCCCAGCAUCUGCGAUUACCCUGGACCUUUCUCCACCCCACGGACACAGCCCUUGAAGAGCAUGAUGCCACCGCAGCUAUCUUAUCCUCUCUGCUCAUUGCAUCGGAGUGUGAUUACCUUGCCGGCGCACUCAAUUCUACGUGGAACCGUGUUGUGCAUGCACUCAGAUCAACCAAUGGCCGCUUGUACUCUGGAGUUGUCUCCUGA